UCUUCCGUUACCAUAAUAAUAACUCACCAACACCAACCUCUCUUUAUUUGUUCUCUUUGCAACUGCUUCUCUCUUAUCAAUGCUCAAACCCAUUCACCACUUUCUCCCAACCCAUUGCAGCUUCCAGAUCUCACAUUCCUUCCGCACCAAAUGGGAAGCAAAUGGAGGAAAAUGAAGCUUGCUAUUGGGAUCAACAUGUGCGUUCAGCUCCCCAAAACCAUCGAUCACUCCUCCUCCUCCCUCCCCUCCGCCACCACCUUCUCCGACCGCCCUUCGCCCUCCACUCCCACAUCCUCCGCCCUCCGCCUCUCCAGAUCCAAGUCCAAAUCCUCCAAGGGGACAUGUGCAAUUUGCCUGAACUCAAUGAAACCAGGGCAGGGACAUGCCAUUUUUACUGCGGAAUGUUCUCACUCUUUCCAUUUCCAAUGCAUCACAUCUAAUGUGAAGCACGGGAACCGGAUUUGCCCCGUCUGCAGAGCAAAAUGGAAGGAGGUUCCUUUCCAGAGUCGUGUUUCUAAGGUUUCCCAUGACAUCAACCGAAUAAACUCGCCGCGAAACGAUUCCUGGACAACUGUCCUAGGGAGGAUUCCUCCCCAACAUGUUGGUACAGGUCCACAAAAUGCAUCAUCUCAUAAUAAUGUUACUGAACCAGCUAUCUUUGAUGAUGAUGAAGAAGUCUUGGAACAACAAAUUUCAGUUACUGAUGACAUGAACGAGGCUGAGCGCAAUGCAAUAAACAAAAUGGAGAUCAGAAUAUAUCCUGAAGUUUCAGCUGUUCCAAAGUCAGCCUCUCAUGAUAACUUUGCUGUAUUGAUUCAUCUCAAAGCCCCCCGGAGAAAACAAAAUAGUGACAGAAACAAUAAUGAAUCACCAUCAGCUCAAAAUUCUCGUGCUCCAAUUGAUCUUGUCACGGUUCUUGAUGUGAGCGGUAGCAUGUCAGGUACAAAGAUUGCACUACUAAAACGAGCCAUGGGUUUUGUCAUACAGAAUCUGAGUUCAUCAGACCGGCUUUCUGUCAUCACCUUCUCUUCCACAGCGCGCCGCAUCUUUCCUCUUCGGAGGAUGACUGAUGCUGGAAAACAGGAUGCACUGCAGGCAGUUAAUUCUUUGAUUCCAAAUGGUGUUACAAACAUUGCUGAAGGAUUAAAGAAAGGUGCCAAAGUGUUUGUUGAUCGCAGGUGGAAGAACCCAGUUGGCAGUAUCAUAUUACUAUCAGAUGGACAGGAUUCAUCCAUAAACAGUAGCAGGCCUAGUUUUGGAAAUGAUUACCGGUCACUUGUCCCAAAUUCCAUUCAUCGUGACAAUGGUGAUGGUUUGCAUAUACCAGUGCAUGCAUUUGGCUUUGGUGUUGACCAUGAUGCUUCUGCAAUGCACUCAAUCUCUGAGAUAUCUGGGGGUACUUUUUCUUUCAUUGAAGCUGAGGAUGUGAUCCAGGAUGCAUUUGCACAGUGCAUUGGAGGACUAUUGAGUGUGGUGGUUCAGGAAUUACAACUAGAAGUCCAGUGUGUUCAUCCCCAUCUGCAUCUUGGUUCUGUAAAAGCAGGAAGUUACCAAACUAGCUUGAUUGACAGUGGAAAAAUGGCAUCUAUCAGGGUGGGAGAUCUAUAUGCUGAAGAAGAAAGAGACUUUUUGGUGACAGUGAAUGUGCCAGUUGAUAAGUCCAGUUCUGAGAUGUCUUUGUUGAUAGUUAAAGGUGUUUAUAGGGACCCUGUCACAAAGGAAAUGGUGGCAUUGGGAGUAAAUAGUGAAGUAAAGAUUGAGAGACCUGAUGUAGCUAGAGAUGUAGUUGUGUCAAUAGAAGUAGACAAGCAGAGAAACAGACUUGAGGCUGCUGAGGCAAUGGCCGAGGCUAGAGCUAAAGCCGAACGCGGAGAUUUGACUGGUGCAGUUUCUGUGCUAGAGAGAUGUCACCAGGCAUUGAAUGAAACUAUAUCUGCCAAAGCUGGUGAUGAACUAUGCAUUGCUCUCUCUGCUGAACUGAAGGAGAUGCAGGAAAGGAUGGCGAACCAACGUGUUUAUGAACAGUCUGGAAGGGCUUAUGUUCUCUCAGGAUUGUGUGCUCAUUCAGGGCAAAGGGCAACUGCAAGAGGAGAUUAUUCAGACAGCACCAGUUUUGUGAAUGCAUACAGAACACCUUCCAUGGCAGACAUGGUUACUCGUUCUCAAACCAUGCUUUUGAGGACUCCACAACCUGUAAAUGUUCUCAGACCUGCUAGAUCCUAUUCUGACCGGCAGCCAAAAAAAUAAUUAUUUGAGAAUUUCUCCUCAGGCUAAUACAUAUACUUAUGUGGAGGCAUUUAAGUUUCUUCUUUACCUUUUUUUCCCUUAUGGUUUUGGCAAGGUGGUGGGAUAAUAUUGGAAAGUGGAAAGGAAUGAGUUAUGAGUAGUUAUCAAGUAACCUUUUUGUUUUUAGUUGAAUUGUAUAUCUUUUGGAGAAGAGGGUAUAGCAACGUAGCAGUGGAGAUAUUUGAGAGAAUUUCUUCCAUUGAAUUACAUACAUGGUAUACUAUAUGCUUCUUAUUCUUUUUAUUAGUGUUGCUCCUUCUUUUCCAGUUAUAUGGUUUUCACUUUGUUCUAAGUGUAUCAAUGGCUUCACUUUAUAGGCUUCACAAGAAAAAUAGUUUUCUGAUUAAGGCGAUUCAUUUCGCAUAAUGCAGCAUGUGAUUUCAUAUAC